AUGCAGCCCAAGAUUUCCACCCUGCUCCGCCUCGUCGGCGAGUCGUUCGGCAUCGAGAAGUCGCCCAACUUCCAACUGAGCCCCGAAACGCACGAACACCUCAAUGACGCCGUCCGCCGCGAGUCGAUCGACUACCAGAGGCGCCACUCCAAGCCCGCCAUCGACCCGCGCCACCGCGUGAACAUCUACAUCACCCCCGCCUCUUCUCAAGAAGCCCUGAUCGACUCGUGCCCCGACCGCCGCCAAUCCCACAUCGGCGCCGUCAUCAAGAAGCCCGAGCCGGUCGACGUGCCCCGAAAGGUUUCGCUC